AUGUCAAAAGAGAAGCGUGUUCUUGAGGUUGGCCCAGCAAAAGAAACGUUGACAACGCUAGCUGAUGAGCGCCAACAGUUUGACGUCGUUUUCAUUGAUGCUGAUAAGCCAGGGUACAUUGACUACUUCGAGACAGUUAUCGAUAGGGACAUGUUAGCACCUGGAGGAACAGUCGUUCUUGAUAACGCGUUUAUGUCUGGUCACGCGUACCGACCGGAAUCGGCCAAUGAAAACGGCCUGGCAAUCCGGAUGACUAAUAAGUACAUCAUCAGUAGGGUUGACCUAUUCAAGGUUCUAGUUCCAAUACGGGACGGAGUGCUGAUCGUUCGAAGAAUGACAGACAUGUUUGUGAGCUAG